AUGAGGUCCGCACCCAUCGCCAUUGCCCUCGCUGGCCUCGCUGGCUCAGUCGUUGCUGCUCCACCUGCUCCUCAGGUCACACCUGCACCUUCGCUCUCGGGUCUUGAAGAGAGGGGUCUCAUAGGUGGCCUUCUUGGUGGGGUCCUGGGCCCUGUCUUUUCUGAUAUUAAUUCUGCUGUCAGCGCCGGGAACCUGGGCGCCCUCACUUCUGCCUUGAACAAAGUCACAGCUACAGCCACCCCUACCGAUGUAUCUCAGGCCAGCGCCACCCUUGCAGCCAUUCAAUCAGCUUCUCCUUCCAGUCUCUUUGAAUACGCCGCUGCACUUGCUGCCAACGGUCUUGUCGUCGGCAACAUCAACUCACUCCUUACCAGCACUCUCGGCCAGUUCACUGCUGCCAACAGUCUCACCAACAGCAACCCCAACCCACCGGCACCCGUCUACCCUAAGAAGGGCGCGUGCGACGCACCUUACUCCCUCUCUGAGACUGCCUUGCGCCAGGCCAUCCAUAUUCCAUCCACUUUCACCUACGGAGAGAAGCCCCCAGUCAUUUUGUUUCCCGGCACUGGCAACACUGGUUACCAGACCUUUUCCGGAAAUCUAAUUCCCCUCUUGACCGGUGUCAGCUACGCAGACCCCGUCUGGGUCAACGUCCCCGGACAGCUGCUCAACGACGCCCAGCGCAACGCCGAGUAUGCCGCGUACGCUAUCAACUACAUUGCCUCACUGACUUCUCGCAACGUCUCCAUGAUCGCCUGGUCCCAAGGGAACAUCGAUUCUCAGUGGGCAUACAAGUACUGGCCGUCGACCCGUAAUGUGACCAGUGACCACGUCGCCAUCUCCCCCGAUUACAAGGGCACGGUUAUCGCCGACUUUGCCGACUUGACCGGCCUUACCAACGACCCAUCUGUCCUCCAGCAAGAGUAUUUCUCCAAAUUCAUCACCACCCUGCGCGCCAACGGCGGUGACAGCGGCUACGUCCCCACUACCGUCCUGUACUCUGGUUUCUUCGACGAGGUUGUCCAGCCACAGUCAGGCACAGGUGCAUCAGCGUACUUGCUCGACGCUCGUGGCGUCGGCAUCACCAACAACGAGGUUCAGCUGGUAUGCCCCGGCGGCGUGGCCGGCUCCCUUUACACGCACGAAGGCAUGCUCUACAAUCCCAUCACUUUCGCCCUCAUCCAGGAUGCUCUGACCCACGCCGGCCCUGGGCAAACCAGCCGUGUCGACCUGACCACCCUGUGCAAGCAAUACCUCGCCACUGGUCUUAACCUCGGCAACUUCCUCGCUACUGAGAAUGCUGUCGUGAUCGCUCUUCUCUCCCUCCUCCUUUACACGCCCAAGCUGGCUGUUGAGCCCCCUAUUUCGGCCUACGCCACUGCUACAAGCAUUUGUGCGACCUCUGCAAAAUUAAUUUAA